AAUGAGAUGAGAGAAGAAAAAGCACGAAACAAUAAGCGAGAGCGAGGAAGACAAGAAAGCAACAAUACAAAGUAUAUAUAAAAUAAUAAUAAUAAGAAAAAGAAUAAAAAUCCCUAAAACUGCGAGCGUAUUUGUUAACGGGAGAGAAGAGUCUCCAAAAGCGAAUAUCAUGGAAGCAUGACGAAGGAAGAAGCAGAAGCAUCGUAUAGCAUGAACGACGACAACGACUAUAUAUGCAGUAAUGAUGAUCACAAUAUUCGUGACCAAGAUGAUAACAACAACAACACUAAACCAAAGCACGAGAGCCAAGCAUGGGGCACGUGGGAGGAGCUGUUAUUGGCAUGCGCCGUUAAGCGACACGGGUUCUGUGACUGGGACUCCGUCGCUUCGGAGGUUCGAACCCGGACCUCCACGUCAUCCCCCGUUUUUAUCUCCCCUGAUAGUUGUAGGCUCAAGUAUCGAGAUCUCAACCGUCGGUUUAAGGAACCCACGGCGGCGGAGGAGGAGGAGGGAGGGAACGAUAUACCGUGGCUUGAGGAGCUACGUAGCCUCCGCGUGGCGGAGCUCCGUCGUGAGGUUCAAGAGUACGAUGUUUCGAUACUGUACGGAAUCUCUAUUCUCCGUCUCUUUUCGAAUCUUAACGAUGGAUCUGAGUUUUUUUUUGUAUUCCGGUUCCUCAGAUCGCUUCAGCUGAAGGUUAAGAGACUAGAGGAGGAGAGAGACGGCAGCGAGAAACUAGAUCUGGAGGAGGAAGAGAGGAAGGGAGAGAGAUCGGAGAACGACGGCGGUGAGAAGGCGGUUUCGACGGCGGAGGAGUCUGACCGGGAAAACAGGUCGAUGAACGAGUCGAACUCGACAGGCGCCGGAGAGAAAACCGUCGGCGGAGGAGACGAGCCGAGUCGGACUCGUGGUGAUGAUCUAGAUCCCGAUCCGGUUAACACGGCGGAGGAAGGAUCGGAAGCGAGUCAGUCCGGGGAGUUGGGAGAGUCAGGGACGUCGGGAAGGAAGUGGAAAAGGAAACGACGGAAAGACGGCGACGGAGAGAUCAGAUCGGCGGCGAGUAAAUCACAGCCGUUGAUACGUCUUCUUGAUUUGAUUCGGUCCCAUCCGCGUGGGUCUUUGUUCGAACGCCGAGUUCGAAGCCAGGAGACUGAAGAGUACAAGAGCUUGGUUAAGCAACAUUUGGACAUUGAGACAAUACAGAGGAAGCUGAAGCAAGGAUCUAAUGAUUCUUCAAGCCUCACUUUUUACAGAGAUCUUCAGCUUCUCUUCACAAACGCUAUCACCUUCUUCCCUUCAUCUUCUUCUGAAUCAAUGGCUGCUCGUGAACUGAGAGCCAUUGUUUCCGAAGAAAUGAGGAAAGAGAGCGGGAAAUCGAGUCCCCGGUUGUUAAAAGCAUCUGGAGCUAUUAUGACUAGUAGUAUCAAAGCAGAUGCUGCUGAAACAUCAGAACAGAAGUCUUCAGCUCCACUUGUCGUUUGUAAGAGGAGAAGAUUUGCGUCCGCUAAGGCUAAGGCUUCUUCUCCAUCUUCGUCAAGCUUUAGCCAGAAAGAGGAGACGAAAGAGGAGGCAGUAUCAGAGGAGAUUGAGGACGUUGAGACUGGUGGUGGAAGAGGCUCGAAAAGAACAGCUAACAAUACAAAGACGGGUAAAGGGAAGAACAAGGAGAAACAGACGGAGGCCAAAACUGAGAAGAAGGUUGUGGCUUCAUCGGAUAAGAAGAAGAGUGUGGCUGACUUCUUGAAGAGGAUAAAGAAGAGCUCUCCGCAAAAGGAAGAUAAAGAUCAGAACAAGAGCAAGAAAGAGAGUAAACCGAAACCGAGAGAGCUUAGAAGCAACAACGUGGGUAAAGGUAGAAAGAAGGCUGAGGUGGAGAAUACUACUACUCCGGCGAAAAGAGCUCCCGGGAGACCACCGCAGAAGAAAACAGUGGAGGCAACCGCAACCGCGUCAGGGAAACGAGGUAGGGAAAGCGGAAGCACAGGAAAGGACAAUAAACAGCCAAAGAAAAGAAGCAGAAGAUGAGGAGGUAGCGUAUGAUAUUAUUGUAUAUCCAUAGAAUAUGUUUUGAGUUGUUUCUUUCUCAAAUCUUAGUUAUGGAUUAGGUUAAGUGUACUUUGGUUUAUUGACAUGAGUAAAAGAUUAAUUCCUUUUUUGGUUUAUAUUUUA